AUGGGAGGCCGUCCGCAGUCGCCCACGGGAACUGGUCCUGUGGACCUAUCUAUGCCUCGACUUGGGAUGCGGCGUGAUUCUAUGCGAAGCAGCAUGAGUGUUGUGUCCGAUGUCGAGAUGGCUCGAAACGAGGUUUUCGAUGGUCCAAUAUCGGAAAGCAUCCCAUCUAGUGUGGUCUCAUUUGCCCACCGUCGCAGCAGAGCAGACUCUACUGUGAGCUUCACAUAUUUUCAGGAUGGAGAAGAUUUUGCCGAGUUGUCCAAUGAAGAUGCCGUGGAUGACGAAAGCGAGAUUGACGAGCAGUCUCUGCAUGGGCUGGGAGAUGUAGACAUCGAGUCUAGCAGAGGGUCCUUUGUCUCCAAACGGAUGUCUACAUCUCGUGACUCGGUCGAACAUCCUCUUCUUUCUCGCUACAUGUCCGCUAGCUCGUAUGGUCGGGAUCGAAGGACUGGUAGUCGUCUGAACCAGAAAAUUUACAUUGCAUCAGAGGAUCUGACCGCUGUGUUUGCUGGCUUUUCUACCAGCACUGGCGGCAUGGCCAUUUACCUUGCUUUGUGUUUUCUCACCGGCGGACUCGGCUACCUACUUUUUCGAUGGAUGCCCCGAUGGCGGGUCAAGCUUAUCGGAAAAGCAACUCCUAUAGGGAGGUGCCAGUGGGUUGCUAUUGAGGACCAAUGGAAUCAAUUCACAAUCCACGACGUUGGCAGCCAGCCAUAUGGACGUCCGCUUUCGACAGUCUUUGCUGACUCUUUGCUUCACACGCUUGACGAAGAUGGUGACCCAACCGUUGAAUCUCUGCAGUUCAUUGAUUAUAGGUAUUUACGAUUUUUCUACCACCCCAUUGAGGACAAGUUCGCCUUGAUUACUGGCUGGAAGGAUCCUUCGUGGACCAAUGCCAAGGUCAUGCGCGGAGGGCUGGAUGCCGACGAGCGAGACAGCAGAGAGCAGCUCUUUGAACGCAACGCCAUUGAAAUUCACCAGAAGACCGUUCCACAGCUGCUCGUUGAUGAGGCCUUCCACCCUUUCUACAUAUUCCAAAUUGCAAGCUUGGUUCUAUGGUCCAUGGAUGAAUACUACUACUACGCUGUCUGUAUCUUCCUUAUCUCAUUCUUCAGCAUUGGAACAACUGUGCUUGAAACGAAAUCGACGAUGAGCCGCUUGAGAGAGAUCUCCCUAUUUGAUUGUGAUGUUCGUGUACUAAGAAACGGAUUUUGGAGGUCUGUUUCAUCACAAGAGUUGGUACCCGGCGAUGUAUAUGAAUUCUCCGACCCAUCGAUUAACCAGGUUCCGUGCGAUUGCAUCCUACUAUCGGGAGACUGCAUUGUCAAUGAAAGCAUGUUGACAGGCGAAUCUGUUCCUGUUUCGAAGAUACCUCUGACUGACGAUGCUCUCGGAUAUCUUGACCUCAGCACUCCCUCUAUCCAUCCCAAUGUUGCCAAACAUUUCUUGUUCAGUGGCACAAAGGUCAUUCGCGCCAGACGUCCCCAGAAUUCCGACGACGACGAGGCUGUGGCAUUGGCCGUUGUUGUGAGAACCGGCUUUUUGACCACCAAGGGUGCUCUAGUUCGUUCAAUGCUUUUCCCGAAGCCAUCUGGGUUCAAAUUUUAUCGAGAUUCAUUCCGUUACAUCGCAGUGAUGGGAAUUGUCGCUCUUCUUGGAUUCGUUGCCUCGUUCGUUAACUUUGUGCGGUUGGGUCUUGCCUGGCAUUUGAUUAUUAUACGGGCUCUCGACUUGAUCACAAUUGUUGUGCCACCAGCUCUUCCGGCUACACUCACCAUCGGAACCAAUUUUGCUCUCUCUCGACUUAAGAAGAAGAGCAUAUUCUGCAUCAGUCCACAGAAAGUCAACGUGGGCGGCAAAUUGGACAUUGUGUGCUUUGACAAAACUGGAACUCUCACAGAAGAUGGACUGGACGUGCUUGGAGCGCGCAUAGUCACCAAGGGUAACUCGUUCUCAGAAUUGCUCUCUGAGACAUCUGAAGGGUUCCUUCUUCCGCCUAAAAAUGCAAACUCCGCCUACGAUAUUGAAAAGCAAAAGAAGAUUAUUUACACCAUGGCAACGUGCCACUCUCUUAGGGUGGUGGACGAUGAGCUGCUGGGCGAUCCACUCGAUGUGAAGAUGUUCCAAUUCACCAACUGGUCAUUUGACGAGGGCGGGAACCAUGUUCCUGACCAGACGAGCCCCAAAUAUGAUACGAUUGCACCAUCGGUUGCAAAGCCCCCUGCUAGUGGCCAAGAAGAUGUCAAUAAUCCUUUGGAACUUGGAGUUCUGCGAAGCUUCGAGUUUGUUUCCCAGCUUCGUCGUGCUAGUGUUGUCGUCAGGCAGUUCGGCGACAAUGGAGCAAGCUUCUUCGUGAAGGGUGCCCCAGAAAGUAUCAGGGACAUCUGUACCCCUGAAUCCCUUCCAUCGGACUAUGAAGAUCUUUUGAGCUACUACACCCACAAAGGGUAUCGAGUAAUUGCCUGCGCGACCAAGUACGAACGGAAGUUGAGCUGGACAAAAGUCCAGAAGAUGAGUCGAGAAGACGCUGAAUCAAACCUGGAGUUCCUGGGCUUUAUUAUUUUCGAGAACAAAUUGAAGCCGAGUACCGCCGGUGUGAUUUCCGAGCUGAACGAGGCAGGCAUUCGCAAUGUGAUGUGCACUGGCGAUAACAUCUUGACUGCGAUCAGUGUUGCACGCGAGUGCAACAUGCUCGGCCGUAACGAGAUGUGUUUUGUUCCCCAUUUCGUCGAGGCACCCGGCCUUUCGUCUAAGAUAUCUCUUAUAUGGGAGUGUGUGGACAACCCUGACCUCCGAUUGGAUCCGAGAACACUUUUGCCGAUUCACACGGCAGAGACCGACCUUUCUGUGCCAGGAAGUACUCUGGUUGAGCGCGAAUACUCUGUCGCUGUGACGGGCGAUGCUUUCAGGUGGUUGAUCGACUACGGCAAUGAAGAUGUUCUAAACAAGGUACUUGUAUUCGGAAAAGUGUUUGCGAGAAUGUCACCGGAUGAAAAGCAUGAGCUGGUUGAGAAACUUCAGUCUAUUGAUUACUGCUGUGGAUUCUGCGGCGAUGGCGCCAACGACUGUGGUGCAUUGAAGGCAGCAGAUGUUGGUAUUUCGUUGUCGGAUGCUGAAGCAUCUGUUGCUGCACCCUUUACAAGUCGUGUCUUUGAGAUUUCUUGUGUUCCAACCUUGAUCAAAGAGGGCCGAGCUGCUUUGGUGACAAGCUUUUCCUGUUUCAAGUUUAUGAGUCUGUACUCCGCUAUCCAAUUCUCAACCGUCAGCUUCUUGUACACUUCGGGCUCUAACCUUGGUGACUUCCAAUUCCUUUUCAUCGACCUUGCACUUAUCAUGCCAAUUGCAAUCUUCAUGGGUUGGGCUGAUCCCGCUCCUAAGCUUUCUCGGAAACGUCCCACUGCCGACCUUGUCUCGCGCAAGGUCUUGACCCCCCUGCUUGGACAUAUCUCUAUAGUUGUCCUCGCUCAGCUAGCAGUUUUCGAAACCGUUCAGAUGCAGCCAUGGUUCUUGCCGCCGCAACUGGAUCUCGAAAAGAGCAACAUUUUCAAUUCAGAGAAUACUGCGCUUUUCUUGUUCUCUUGUUUCCAGUACAUCCUGACUAGCGUCAUCCUCAGCGCUGGUCCACCGUUCCGAAAGGCCAUGAUCCAUAAUGGUAUGUAUCCUUCCACCCAAGACUUGGCUGGCCAUAAGCUUACUGGGAAUCCUUCGAUAGUGCCAUAUCUAUGUACGAUUAUUAUAGACGUUAUUAUCGCAGCUUAUAUGCUGUUCAGGCCCUCAGGAUGGGUAUCCGAAGUCAUGCAACUGACUUUCAUGUCUGAUGCGUUCAGAAGCUGGCUUAUUGCACUGGCAUUCGGUGUUUUCCUUUUCGCCUGGAUUGCCGAGAAGAAUAUCUUCCCGCGCGUGGCGCAAAUGAUUGGACUUGCUCGUGCUCGCCUACAGCCGGGCUACCGCAAGAAGCGCCGCAUGUACAAGGUCUUGCUGGAGGAGAUGCGCAUGUGA